UCCCCGCCGCCCCGCGCCCGCCCCGCGCCGCGCAUAAAAAGGGCCCCGCGGCCGCCCCCGCCCCGCUCCGUUCCGCUCCGCUCCGCCGGCCCGGCCAUGGCCAAGGACCAGCUGAAACCGCGGCUGUGCCACAUGCUGAAAGGGGAGAACGGCUACGGCUUCCACCUGCACGGCGAGAAGGGCAAAAGCGGGCAGUUCAUCCGCAAAGUGGAGCCCGGCUCCCCCGCCGAGGCGGCGGGGCUGCGCGCCGGGGACCGCGUCGUGGAGGUGAACGGGCUCAACGUGGAGCAGGAGACGCACCACCAGGUCGUGCAGCGCAUCAAAGCCGUGGAGACAGAGACUCGCCUGCUGGUGGUGGACAAGGAGACGGACGAGUACCUGUGCAGCCUGCGCCUGACGUGCACGGAGGAGAUGGUGCACAGCGGGGUCCUGCUGGGCUCUGGCGUCUCGCCCACCAAGUCGGUGGGCAGUGACAAUGGGGAGGUCUGGAAGCCGCAGCUGGACCUGAGCGGGGGCAGCCUCCAGCGGCACUCGCACAGCUUCUCCUCGCACGGCAGCAGGAAGGAUUUAAACGGACAGAAAGAGCUGUGCCCACGUCUCUGCCACCUGAAGAAAGGCCCCAAUGGCUACGGCUUCAACCUGCACAGCGAGAAGUCCCGGCCGGGGCAGUUCAUCCGCUCGGUCGACCCGGACUCGCCAGCCUCCAGAGCGGGACUGCGGCCCCAGGACCGGCUGGUGGAGGUGAACGGGAUAAACGUGGAGGGGCUGAGGCACUCGGAGGUCGUGUCCCACAUCAAGGCCAGGGAGAGCGAAGCCAGGCUCCUGGUGGUGGACCCCGAAACAGAUGAUUACUUCAAGAAGCUGGGGGUGACCCCCACCGAGGAGCACACCAAAGGUGUGGUGCCUCAGCCCCUGACGAACGGAUCCGCACAGACGCAGCUGAACGGAGGAUCCACAUCUUCAUCUCACAGUGACCUUCAAAGUCCCGGGAAGGAAUCAGAGGACGGAGACUCGGAGAAGAGGGACCCGUUUGAGGAGAGCGGGCUGAGCCUGAGCCCCACGGCUGCCGAGGCCAAGGAGAAGGUGCGGGCCAAGCGGGUGAAGAAGAGGGCUCCGCAGAUGGACUGGAACAAGAAGCGAGAGAUUUUCAGUAAUUUCUGAACCUCGCUGCUGGCACUGCCUGCCUUCCCCUGCACCUGGCCGGACGUUCAGAGGUGCCUGCGCCCUCUCCUUCAGUGUCCACGUGAGAUGCUUUGUGCUCUGCUCUUCACUGGUUGCUUUUAUGAGGCGUAUUUUAAAGUCCUUUUUUAUUGAUGUUAUUAUUAUUAUUAUUGUUGUUGUUACUCACCAGCGAUUCUCAUAAGACAAAUGUGACCAAAGCUCCUUUUCUUGCUUGCUCUUCAGCCCGGUCUGGCUGCCUGCUGUCCCCUGUUCCUGCUGAGAAAAGACUGGAAGAGUUUAACUCUCGUUUCUUACCUGCAUAAUUUAGGCUUUUAUUACUUUUUUUUUUUUUUUAAUUGGGGUGUUAGUUUUGGUUUUGCGGGUGUCCCAGGCUGAGCCCCAUGGGAUGCUCUGUGCCCCUGUGCAAAUGUCCUACGGCCUCGCCGUGGUGGGUGGCCGGGGGGUGGCAGCACCCCCAGCCCCCGGCCUGCAGCUUUACCCCCUCACGAUGGGAAAAGGGGCAGUGGCUGGAAAUCUCUCGUGUUGACUUUGCUAUUGAAAUGAAAAAAAGUUCUCGUUGGUGUUUUUUAAUGAAGCCCUACCUGUUUCCAGUUAGUGUAGGAGCCUCCCUCCCAGCAGCAACUUCUGCCCCAGCAAUAAAAGCCCCUUUUCACCCCGUUCCCCCCAGGUUGCAGGAUGUACAAGCAAGACAAACCCAGCACCAAAUGCCCCCAGUCCCACGGUUUGCACAACGCAGCGAGAGGUGCAGGAGAUGCUGCAGGACCAAGCAGGUCUCUGGGGAGCCCUCGGGGCUGACACCCUGCCUCUUGCUCCCCCCAUGGUGUCCCCCAUCCCUGGGCAGGGCUGGCGGGGUCCCCAAAGCUCCCCAAGUCUCAGUGGGGCUGGCGACAGAGCAGACUCAUAGUUAGGAGAGCAUCGAUGUCCUGGGCGAUUGCUUUGGCGCUGUGUCCUGCUUUAGUACCAAAAGCAGCGUGUUCUCAAGCCCUCGAAACCUAUCUUUAAAGCACUGCAGAUGAAGCCAGCGUAAUCUCUUUGGCUGUGACCAAGGAAGACGAAACAACGUGCUCACAGGCUGCAGGCAGAGGUGUUUCGCCGGGGAAGGUUUGUGUUUUGGCUCCCGUGUCAAAACCGCAGGGGGAAGGGACUGGGCACAGUUGCGUGCAAAACCACUUUUCCCAGCUCAAUGCAAAUGGCAGCAAUAACUUGGCCCUUGAUGAUUAUUUUAAACAAAAGACUUGGCUGCGACUUUGCCCUGUAUUAUUCCCCAGAGCUGAUGUAUUACAAGGCAGAGGCCUUUGGGUUGGUCGGCGCGCUACGGGUGUUGUGGUGGCUCUGUGUGCAUUUCCUAAAUGCUGAACUAAAAGGUGCCUUAUACCAUUUGCUGCUCUCCUCGGCGGCUGCCCACGGCUCAGCACAGGGGCAGCGCGGGGCCAGGGCGUUUGGCUGUGCCCCAGGGAGCUGCCGGGGCUGCUGCUGGCUGGCGAGAGCACGGAAACCCUCAGAGGUGAAGGAGAUUUCUUUUUUACGAAGGUGCAAAGUGUUGAUGGGCUGGACAGGUUGAAAAAUGCCUUUGGAGAGGGACUGGUGCAGGUGUUUGGCUAUUGGUGAUGAGAGUGGCUGCAGGAUGACUGCUCGGGAUGCAGAGAGGUUUUUUCCCCCCACCAGGACUCUGCCAAUUACUAGAGGCCUCUUCUCUACCCCACCUCAAAGACGAUUAGCUCCUGUCUUUUUGGUCCCCAAAAUACUUGCUUCUGUAGGAAAUCAGGAAGGACUGAAGGAGUCCUCCUUUUUCACGGUAUGCACGUUGCUUCCAGUGCCUGUGUAGCCAAACCCCAGGCAGUGCUCCGGUCUGUGCAGGGCAGAGCGCUCCCCACUACACCACGAACUCAACCCACCGUGCAUGUCAGAGAGCAAAGCCUCGUUUGUAAAUACCGCAUUUCUCACCCAAGACUGGACCACUGUAGUUAAGGGGGGGAAAAAAAGAACACAUAGUUCUGAAUGCAGAUCAAAAGAAAUCAGGUGUGCAAGUCUGUACUGAUAAGAUUUCAGAAUCUUAAUCUCUGCUUAGUCCAUGGAAAUUGCUCCUGGUUAAAGCACUUAUCAUAUUUCUGACAUCUUGUAGCUCAGUAGUAAUUAUUCAGUUCCUGUACAUUUAACGUGGAAAAAAAAAAUCAAUAAAGUGUAAGGCUGUUAGCUGCAUUGUAAAAACAAUGUACACUGUAAUGUCAGUAAUAAACUUUGUUUUCCCAUGUACCAC